AUGGCGGCAACCAGCGCAAGCCUCGCGGGGAAGAAGCUCAACGUGUUGGUUUAUUCCGGCAAUGGCGCCACCGUCGAAUCCGUACGGCAAUGUCUGUAUACCCUCCGCCGGCUCCUUGCUCCCCAUUACGCCGUGAUUCCCGUGACGGGGGAUAUGAUAGUCAAGGAGCCUUGGACUGUAACAUGCGCGUUACUGGUAAUACCAGGAGGGGCGGAUCUAGAAUAUUGCAAGACCCUCAAUGGUGUGGGAAAUCGACGGAUCGAACAAUUCGUGCGGCGAGGAGGGGCGUACCUCGGCUUUUGCGCAGGAGGCUACUAUGGCAGCAAGCGAUGUGAGUUUGAAGUGGGCAACAAGACCUUACAGGUUAUUGGGGAUCGAGAGCUGGCAUUCUUCCCCGGAACGUGCCGAGGAUGCUCUUUUCCCGGGUUCGUUUACCACAGCGAGGCUGGCGCACGGGCUGCAGAACUAAAGGUCUCGAAAGAGGCAUUGAGUCUGGGGACUGUGCCUGACGUUUUCAAAUCGUAUUACAAUGGAGGGGGCGUGUUUGUUGAUGCCCCCUUGUACUCCGACAAGGGUGUGGAAGUGCUUGCCAGCUAUACGGAAAAGCUUCACGUUGACCCCGGUCAAGGCGCGGCUGCAGUCAUCCAUUGUAAGGUGGGGGAGGGCGCAGUCAUAUUGACAGGGACACAUCCAGAGUUUGCAGCGGUCAAUCUUGACAAAAAGAAUGGCGGGCCGCGCUACGCUGACAUCGUGGAUGAAUUGUCUGCCUGUGAUAAAUCCCGGACGGAUUUUAUGAAAGCUUGUCUGCUCAAAUUGGGAUUGCAAGUUACACAAGAAACAACGACGGUUCCUUCUCUUUCGCCUAUGUAUCUGUCCGCUUCUGAUCCUGCCGAUGUAUCCCAGAUUUCAUCGUCACUGCAGGCUGCCGCGGCGGAUGAAGGACAGGGUCAGUAUUUGAAAGAUGCCCAGGACACGUUUCGUAUUGAGAAAUUGGGCACAUGGGACAUGGAAGAGCUGAAAGAGUCUCUCCCGAGUGAUUCCAACAAACACAGCCUUGAUGCUCAUGAAGGCAUUGUCGACUAUGCAGCAAUCAUCAAGCAUCUCGUGGUUUGUGACGACCUUCCCUCCUCGAAGACUACACCCUACUUCAAUCACCAUGCGUUCUAUUCGAACCUUAAGAACUACCAGUCGCAGUCAAGCGAAGGAGCAUCAAAAUUUGGCUCACAACUUCUAUAUGCAGAAGUUAUCACCAGUACGAAUACGAUUCUGGAAAAAAAUACCCAGCUCCUUCAACGGCUACCAACCGGUUUCACUGCAACAGCUACCGUUCAAGUAGCGGGAAGAGGCAGAGGAUCCAACGUGUGGGUUUCUCCUGCAGGUUCUCUCCUGUUUUCAACAGUGGUGCGACAUCCUAUUGCCAAGCUGCAGUCAGCACCAGUUAUUUUCAUCCAGUACCUGGCCGCAAUGGCAGUUGUUAAGGGAAUCAAGAGCUAUGACAAGGGAUAUGAAAAGAUGCCAGUGAAAAUGAAGUGGCCUAACGACAUCUACGCCCUCGACCCAAGCGAUCCUAGCAAGAAGACCUAUACUAAAAUCUGCGGCAUCCUCAUCAAUUCCCAUUACUCAGUAAACGAAUACGUUUCCAUAGUUGGAAUUGGCAUAAACGCCACCAACGCCUCCCCAACGACAUCCCUCACAGCCCUCCGCUCGCACUUCCUCUCUCCAAAUUCCGCUCCGGUAACCCUUGAAAAGCUUCUCGCGCGCAUCCUCACGGUUUUUGAAGACCUCCACACGCGCUUCCUCCGGACAGGCUUUGAUGCCGUCUUCGAAGAUAUGUAUUACAGUGACUGGCUUCACAUGAAUCAGGUCGUGACACUGGAGGCGGAGGGGGGAGUUAAGGCCCGGAUCAAGGGUAUUACGCGCGAUUAUGGAUUACUGCUUGCCGAGGAGUUGGGAUGGAAUGAUCGGCCGACGGGAAAGAUCUGGCAAUUGCAGAGUGAUAGUAAUAGUUUUGAUUUCUUCAAGGGGUUGUUAAGGAGGAAGAUUUGA